CUGCUAUCCACUUGAUUCCACUCGAUUCAUGCUGGCGUCCACAUUCAGCAAUCGCCCUGUGACUAGACAGUAUGCUCAACGGAUGGAUGCCUGGAGGGAUCACCGACUUAAGCCAUCAGUACCCAGACGGGUGUCGCUGGUCGCACACAACGCGGAGGCCUUCCCCAGUCCGGCGUGGUGGAGGCGACCACAUCGCCUCCAUACUGGAUGCCACGGACAGAUCACAGCUUUCUGGUCCUCUGGAUAGGGGCUUACAGCGCUUCCUGCUGGUACAGGAUGGUGAAGAUCAACUGUCGACUUCGGUUGAGGGUUACCAAGAGGUCAAUGUGGGUCCUGGGAGAUCGGGCAUGGUUCUUGGUGACGGGCGAGCAGAAGGUGCUGAGGCCGACAAUAGGGAGGAGGGCGCCUACCCAGAGGGGGAGAAUGUUACGGGGGCUGGAGUGCCUCCCCCUGAUGGUCAGCGGGAGGAAUCAGUGUAUUCCCAAACGAACCAGCUGCUGAGCGCUCUUGCCGCGGAGCGAGAGACUCGAUUUCAGUGGGAUGUCCCCCUCUCUCCAGCAUCAGCUAGUUCAGCUUUGGCGGCACCUGGUCGACCUGUGGUAAACACGGCAGCAGAGGCUGCUACUGCUAUCUCUGCUACAGCAAGCGUCGUUCCAGAGCGGCACAGUCAAUCAUCACCACCACAUGCACCCGAGUCUACUUGGGUACAUGUAUCCACUGAUGCCAUACCGGCGUCAGUGGGGUCUGCUAGCUCUCUCGCUGUGGCCCCACCAACGCAAUUUGCCAAGUAUUGCUCUGUCAUUCUGAUCGAAGACGAUCAGAAUGACGGUGAUGGAGCCAUUUAUGGGCGCGCGAGGAUCAAGAAGAGCGGUUUGCCUGACUGCUCUCCUCCCGACGUCCUGCUCUGCCUGUUCUUCAUGCCCACGGAGAAGAUUCCCAUGCACAACUUCACUCGAUUUCUGGCGCCAGAAUACAGCUUUUACAACGUAGUGACGUUGCGAGUCCCUUCAGGGCGCCGAUUCAACACGGAGGCCUGGUAUCUGCAAGUGGGCCAUCAGCGGCUUGCCAUUCUUUACCACCUUCUGAACGGCAUAGAGACACCCAAUUCGCUGGUCGAACCCAUGGACUGAUCUUCGCUGCAGAUGCAGCGCUUUAUGGAACAACUGCCGGCCGGAUUCCCUCGAGUACACUUCAGCGGACAAGUGUACAUCUUGUAUUUGGUUCAAGUGUCUUGAAACGACAUUAUGCCUCCAGGGAGACAGCACUCCAUUCUAGGUCGGGCAGUCUUGCCCGCCCCUGCACGACUGAUGGCAACUGCUGCAACCCUUGUGUUGCCUUUUAACGUCCCAGAAUCGGGAAAUUCGGCUAUGGAUGUGGACGACACCCUCUCACGAAGUCCACCUCCUUCUCCCUGGAUUCCUCAUCAACAUGAAGAGCGGCCAAGAGCACUUACCGGCAAAAUCAACCAGGUAACGAUGGCGGAACCGAAUUAUCAGUUCAGCUCCAUGUUCCUGGCUACUGAACAUGGAGCUGUCCACGACGCGCUUAACGGCAUUGCCGAGCAUCAGCCGCUCAUCACUGCGAAGUGCAUUGCCUGGUUUGUCAUGCGUACAAGCCUAUUCUUCGAUACCGCGACCAAGCUCUGCUUUCCGUCUGCAAAUACCGGCAACUACUACGAUACCUCUUUAGGUCUCGCCAGGCACGCUCACGUCACACCUCAGCAGAUCGCAAACUGGCGGAGCCAGGGCUGGGAUGGCCGGGUUACCACAGAACAACUUGCUGCUUGGUUUUCGGGACAUCCUAUGGGAGGGUCUGGGUGCCGACGGACUUACCAGAACCAUCGAGGUUUGCUCGUCAAGUUCGUCCGCUUCUGGAACCGCUUGCGUUCGGAAUACAUGUCUCAACGUGGAGCGUGGUACAGCACUGAAAACAGCACCGAGAGGAGCAGGGCGAGAUUGGAACUGAUUGGUGUGGUUGGGUACAGUUUGGCGACGGGCAGUGCGGAACAUGAUGAGAUCUGCGAAGGAACACCCCCGGGCCUCAUUGCUUCUAAAGCAGGUACCUGGACGGCAAACCACGUCUCCACAGCAUUCACUCGUCUGUUUCCUGAGGAAUCUCGUCGGGGUGGUAGACACGUUGGAUGAGCAUAGGGACACAGCGUUCUAGGACGUAUCAGUAGUUACGAAUUUGCAAUGAAACUGGAUUUGCC